AUGGGUAAACUGCAUUCGAAACAUGCCGCUAUUUGUAAAGCGAGGGAGAGCCCGGAAGGCGACAGCUUUGUAGUCAAUGCUUGUUUGGCUCGGAAGGGACUGGACGACUGGCUGGUAAAGCAGCAGGACUGUCAUCUAAAGACCAAGUGCACGUUGACCACCCGGGACUCCAUAAAUGAACCUCAGCGGAUUGGUGACGAGCAUUACCGCUUAGAAGUGGCUCUGCCCCCAGAGAAGACAGACAGCUGCUGCUUAGAGGAUAAGAUGAUGCAUGAGCGCGACGGACAAUCCCCUGCGGGAACGCACAAGCAGCUCCAAUUUGAAGAGCUGGAGUGUGCCGUGUCCGUGGAGGAGGACAACAGACAGGAGUGGACGUUUACCCUCUACGACUUUGACAACAACGGGAAAGUUACCAGAGAGGACAUCACAAGCCUCCUUCAUACCAUCUAUGAGGUAGUAGACGCCUCUGUCAACCAUUCACCAAGCAGCAGUAAGACUUUGCGGGUCAAGUUAUCUGUGGCUCCAGACUCGAGCCAGCGGUGGAGGAGUUGCACACAGGGAACAGAUGCGUCCCACCCCAGAGAGCGAAACGACAAGUGCGCCGAAGACCCCAAGAGUGCAGACAAGAAAAGUCGAGCGCUGAUAAGGCGCCACCACAGUGACCAGCACAACCACGCCCAGCCGGGCUCUCAGCGCAACUGUGUAGACGAGAACCUUGAGCGACGGAACCACUACUUGGACCUGGCCGGCAUCGAGAACUAUACAUCCCGCUUCGGAGCUGCAGCUACAGAGCAGUCUAAAGCAGAACCCCAGGCCCGCUCAUCCAACCAGACCCGCUCCCGAUCCCACGAACCUGAAAACGGGCACUCCCAUCAUCCCCCGGCACUCCAUCAUCGGCGUUUGCAAGCUGUCACCGACGCCUGUCUACCGGAGGGCAACCACCCCGGACGGAAGCGAGGCCAAGACUCCGGAAAAGUCGUCGUACGCUCCCCCAAGACUCACAACCGCACUCCCCCGGCUCAGCUUGGCGGCCGUGUGAUGCGGAGCAGGGGUGCCCCCGCUCCCCCUGCUCUCCCCAGCCAGACGCCUCCCCACCAGUCAUCCGCCCCUUACCGCAAACAUAAGCAGCGCUCGAAGGAACACCAGGGAUGCCACGCGCUUGGUGCCAUUGUGGGGCCUGGGGUUGAAAAGGAGCAGGUGAAAGAGCUUCCUGGAGUUCUGCUCUACGAGGGCCGGCUUGCGCAAGUCGUGCAACGACAUGAGCACCACCACCACCAUGAACAUCACCACCACUACCACCACUUCUACCAGUCCUGA